UGAUACAGGGCAUUCCACUGAAACCUGAUCCCCGUCUCCAAAUAUAGACGAGUGCCGGCAGUGACUCCGCGGGCACACGGCAGAUGUUAACUGCGGUGGGCCGCUCGCUGCGGUCCCCACGGAGGCUCGGUCCGAGUGCAGGCGCCUGCCGAGAGGAGGGGGCGGGGAGGUGUGCACGGGGUGAUCCCCGGCCAUCGACGCGGAGGAGGAGGAACCCUCCCAGAACCGCUACCCCCACCUCGCCGACGGGUCUCGGAGCUGCUGGCGGUCAGGACCGCUGCUUCACGUCGAACAGGAGAGCAUGCAAGACGGGUCGCUUGAUCAUGCACUGCCCCUCUCUCAGAUGCUAAAGGAGGCCUAUUCAUCCGGGAAAGCCCCACCAGACACGUGCGACGGUGUGAUGUCUGAGGUCUCGUCACACGAUCUGUACUUUGACUCUCUCUCGGAGUUCCAGGAAGAUGUGAUGGGUAGCCCAGUCCUGGGCCUCUCAGCCUUCCUCAGUCAGGAGGAGAUGAACAAGAGCCUCGACCUGGCCCGGGUGGCCAUAGCUGAGAACUCGUCGGAGGAGGCCGACGAACCUGAGCUGGAGGACAUCUCCCGUUACCUCUGUCCCCGCUCCUCUGUCAGCUCGCCAGGCAGCUCGGCCUUGUCCUCCCAGGGGACCACCAGAUUGGCAGAAGCACCCUCGGGCAAAAAUGCUGAGGCCGACGGCAGUGUGACACCAGACAUCCAAUACAUGGGCAGCAGCCGUGCCCACUCCCAACAUGACAGCAGUCGACCAGAAACCCCGGGCUCUGUAGUAGCCCUUGGAGGAUCGGGGACACAGUGGGAAACCGCAUCCGGUGAGCUGGAUCCCUCUCACCAUCCCAAAGACAACGGGGCGCUGGAACCCCAAAGCCCGAAUUCUCCCAGGAACGAGUUCCGUCCCAAAUCCGUGUCCUUCAUUGAGGAGCUGUCGUCCAUCUUCAGGACUGUUCGGCCGUCGCACUCGUCCCAGCAGAAACACAAGGGCGACAGCUCGUCCCCUGACAGCGGGUACCUCUCACCGAAGAGCCACGCCAAAGCCGGCAGAGAGCUGGCUGGGAAGGCCAGAGCUAUGGAACCCAGAGCGGCUCCGGCCCCGGCGCCUGGCUCUGAGGCGGGCAGGCGGAGCCGGUCGGCGGAGCAGGAGGGUGAUGCCAGAGCGGAGAUGGCAGGGGACCUCGCCACUGCUUGCUCAGCUCCCCGGUUCACCCAGAAGCUGAGGAGCCAGGAGGUGACUGAAGGGAGCAUGGUGCGACUGGACUGCAGAACGCUGGGAAAUCCACAGCCUGUGGUGAGAUGGUUUUGUGAGGGAAGGAAACUGGAAAACACCCCAGACAUCCAGAUAUUCCAAGAUGGUGAUCUCUGCACACUAGUUAUUGCGGAAGCAUUUGAGGACGAUACGGGCCGAUACGCCUGUACAGCCACCAACUGCUUUGGUUCGGACAGCACGUCUGCUGAGAUCUAUAUCGAAGGUGCAUCUUCUACGGACUCAGAGGGUGAGGGAGACAUGUUUCACUCACAAGCUGGUGGCGCGUCACAGGCACAGAAGAAGACGACCUCGGUGUCCCUGACGAUAGGAUCACCCCACUCUAAGAAGGCAGCGGGUGCCCCUGACGUACAGCAGGUCCGCUCCACUCUGGUUCAGUCUAUAUCCAUCCCGGCACCCCAGAUCCAAAGUCCUACACCUUGCCUACCAGUCCAGGAUGGAAUCUCGUGUCCAGUCUUUACAAAGGUCUUGCAAGAUGUCACUGCAUCAGAGGGUCAAGUCGUGGUGCUGGAGUGUCGAGUGAAGGGAUCUCCUCCUCUCAAAGUCCAAUGGCAGAGGCAGGGAACAGAAAUAGAGGACUCGCCAGAUUUCCGAAUCCUUCAAAAAAAGCCUCGAACAGCUAUUGAUCCUGCAGAGGAGAUCUGCACCCUCGUGAUAGCGGAAACCUUUGUGGAAGACGCCGGGAGGUUCACCUGCACAGUCACCAACGCCUUUGGCUCUGCGUCGUGCCAUGCUCAUCUCACAGUCUGUCCGGGUGUUGAGGUUUCGUCAAACAAUGGAAGUGACUUGCUGGACAGUCCUAGCCCGUCGCCUCAGACUGAAAUCAGUUCUCUGGAACUGCCUCCCAAGAGGAUAGUUGAUCCUGUCCAGGUGAACAGCCUUGAGAUCAAACCAAGCGUGGCUGCCUUCCAGCUGGAGCUGAACUCGACUGAUAUCAAGACUAAUGGCACCUCAUCCAGCCAGGAGCUCAACGGACCAAACCAUGGACAAUCCAUCCUGCUGCCCUCUCCCGUGAAGGAACCCCCGCCGCUCGCCGCCAAGCCCAAACUUGAUCCACUGAGGCUACAGCAGCUGCAGAACCAGGUCCUACUGGAACAGCAAGCCGGGAGGCAAGGCCAGCAGACCCUCGAGCUCUUACUGUGCUCGCCAAAUUCCGCCCAGCCGCCCCCCGCCCCAAUGAGCGUGCUGAACCCCCACACUCCGUCGCCAGCCAUGCAGCAAACAACGGCUUUCAAUUACGCUCGGCCAAAGCAGUUUAUUGCCGCUCAAAGUCUCUCGUCUUCUGCUGGGUACCUGUCUCCUUCCGGGUCUUCGGGCUCUAACCUGUCCUCACCCCUCUCUCCUCCCAUCACGCACAAGCCCUUGAACCGGGUGGCCCUGCCCUCGUUUCCCCAGGGGGAGGGCGAACAUCGGCCCAUAGGCUCUGGCUUGUCGUGGAGCCCCCGAUCGCCUUCCCCUCCUCUCCCCCCUCCACCGCCCGUCCACAGCCCCCCUGCUUUCUACCCGCAAGACUCCUACCCACUGCCACCACCUCCGCCACCUCUCCUCGCCUCGCCGACGCAGCCCCCCUACCUAUCGCCCUUGGCUGGUCGGGCUUCCCCUCACUCCGGCCAAUCGCCUGCGGCCUUCCUCAGCUCCAUGUUGCCAUCACAGUCAGUUGCGUCACCCGUCAACGCUUUGGGCCUACCAAAAGGAGCCAUCCCAAUAACUCCGCAGAGUCUGAAGAGAAACAGCCGCACUCCUCGCCUGGCAACAGACGAAGAAAUCCAAGGAACAAAGGAUGCGGUCAUUCAGGACCUGGAGAGGAAACUACGCUUCAAAGAUGACCGUAUGAGCAAUGGCCAGAGAUUGACCUACGAAGAAAAGAUGGCGCGCCGACUUCUGGGAGCAGACAACGUUGCCACUGUCUUCAAUUUUCAGGAGGCUGAGGAGGACCCUGUGGCCCAGGAGUACAAAGUCUCCACCUUUGAACAGAGGCUGAUUAGCGAGAUUGAGUUCCGGCUGGAGCGCUCCAAGGUGGACGAGUCCGAUGACGAGGUCUCGCACGAUGAGCUGCCUCCCCAGUGCACAGCCCCAGCCUUUGAGAGGAAGCUGAAGCACGUCAAGCUGUACGAGGGCACGCCCGUCACCUUCACGUGCAAAGUCACUGGACAGCCCAUGCCAAAGGUCUACUGGUUCAAAGACGGCAAUCAGAUUUCCAAGCACAGCGAGCACUACCAGAUUUGUCGUGAGCCGGACGGGACUUGUUCCCUCCACACCAAAGCUGCUACGCUGGAUGACGAUGGGAAUUACACCAUCAUGUUGGCUAACCCUGUGGGUAGGACGAGCUGUACAGGAAGGCUGAUGGUCCAAACUGUGAGCCAGAGGGGACGGUCUCCCCGUUCCCCUGCAGGACAAUCACCUGGAAGAAGACCUCGAUCCCGAUCCAGGGACAGCGGAGAGGAAGUGGAAACCAUCCAAGAGCGCUUCUUCCGACCUCACUUCUUGCAGGCUCCGGGCGACAUGGUCAUUCAGGAGGGGAAGCUCUGUAGAAUGGAUUGUAAGGUGAGUGGGCUCCCAACUCCCGACCUGAUAUGGCAGCUGAACGGGAACCAGAUCCGGCCAGACAGUAGCCACAAGAUGCUGGUGCGCGAGAACGGCGUCCACUCCCUUGUCAUCGAACCUGCCACAGCCAGGGACGCCGGGAUGUACACGUGCAUCGCCACCAACCGAGCAGGGCAGAACUCCUUCAGCCUCGAGCUCGUCGUUGCAGCCAAGGAGAUGGUGAGAGCCCCAGCAUUCAUUGAGAAGCUACAAAACACCGGGGUGGCAGAAGGUUAUCCGAUACGGCUGGAGUGCCGUGUGUCUGGCGUGCCUUAUCCGCAGAUCUUCUGGAAGAAGGACAACGAAUCCCUGACACACAACACCGAGCGAGUGAGCAUGCACCAUGACAACAGAGGUUAUAUCUGCCUGCUAAUUCAGCCAACCACGAAGGAGGAUGCUGCCUGGUAUACCGUCUCUGCAAAGAAUGAGGCUGGAAUAAUAUCAUGUACUGCCAAGCUGGAUGUUUACUCCCCCCAGUGGCAUCAGACCCCCGUCUCCAAGCCUAAGAAGGUCCGUCCCUCGGCGAGUCGCUACGCCGCGCUGACCGACCAAGGACUGGACAUCAAGUCAGCAUUCCUGCCCGAAGCCAACCCCAUCCACCUGGGCGGUCAGAGUGUCCUGGUGGAGAGUGAUGACCUGUAGCCAAACCCUCGAGGGUGACCAGGAUUACACAUCGGGAGAGAACGUGGGAGGCAAAAGGCCUCUCAGGGAGAAUGACUCCACCCUGACAAAGUCAGGGCAUGCUGAAAACAUUUUUAUUCUUCAUUUUGAAAUGCAAAUCAAUACAAAACAAAAAGCAGGGGAUGACAUGACAAAAUAUACAACGGAUGUCGGAGGAGAAUAUUUUGGUGGACCGACAAGAAUUUGGAGUGGAUUGAAUUUCGCACAUGCACACAUUUUGUUAUCCAAGUCUCACCUUGCACGGCUAAAUUGUGUCAUAGGUAUUUUGCUACACAGUGGCGAUGAAUUAUUAUUAGUGGUUAUGUGCACAUUAGUAAACAGAUAUUAAAAAUUACAUACAAUUAUUGUAUAUAUCAGGUAACCAUUCUUGCUAAGAGCCUGAGCUAAAGCCAUGUUAUUCAGAUGGAAAUGUGAUCUAUUCUGUUGGGGAAGAGUACAGCAGGGAGUUUCGGAAAUGGUUGGAAAGUUGGGACUGAGGCAUUGGAAAGGGUCCAGAGGAGGUUCAUGAGAAUGGCAGGGUUAACAUAUUGAUGACUCUGGGCACGUGCUCACUGAAGUUCAGAAGAAUCAGCGGGGGUCUCAUUGAAAUCUAUCGAAUAUUGAUAGAGUGGACAUGGGUGAAGGUGCUUCCUAUAUUGGAGAGGUCUAGAACCAGAGCACACAGUCUCAGAACAGAGGGAUGUCCAUUUAGAACAGAGAUGAGGAGGAAUUUCUUUAGCCAGAAGAUGGUGAAUCUGUGGUGUCCUUUGCUACAGGCUGCCGCGGAGGUCAAUUCAUUGGGUGUAUUUAAAGGGGAAAUUGAUAGGUUCUUGAUUAAUAAGGGUGUCAAAUGUUACGGGGAGAAGGUGGUUGAGAGAGGAAAUAAGGUAGGAGAACGUGGUUUUUGAGAGGUAAUAAAUCAGCCAUGAUAGAAUGGUGGAGCGGACUUGAUGGGCCAAAUGGCCUAAUUCUACUCCUAUGUAUUAUGGACUUAUGAUGGUCAUAGGCAUUCUGGAAGCCCUGAUUCAGAACUCAUUGACAUUAUGGGAAAGGUUUGAUCUCAUGUUUUGGGCCUUUCAGUUUGAGAUGAGAUGACCGCUGAUGUGGCUUAGAGCUGGUUGUUUUGUGGAGGAUGAUGUCGCCUUCCUCACACCCGACAUGCCUCACUCAGUUUUCUUUGCAGUCGUCCUUCCAAGUCACAGUGUCCCGGUUCAAGCAGCCAGUGGGGUAGGGCUUGCCGGGACACUCAGUGCGGGACUGUUAAACCCGUGCACCGCCAGUCAUUUUGGCAGCCGCCUCUGUGUUGGACAGCAGCGGGUGUGAGACUGGUAGUGUUGGCUGUAGUGGGUUGGUGAAGGAGUCUCCUAAUGAGAAGCUGGUCCAUUUCCCUUGUUGUCAAAAUUGGCAGGCUGCCGGCCAGUAGUGAGGUACAUCUCCCCUCCAUUCCAUGUCAAGUUAUUGGUGGUAGGGGUGGGCUUGGAAUAUGGGCAGGGUUACAGCUGUGACACCCCUGGGGAGGUUCAUUGCCAUCGGAACAUUGCUAAUGAGGCACUUAACACAAAAGAUCCAUGAACCUCGCUCACCCAGCCCUCGUUCCAACAGGCCCAGCUUCUUGCAGGUCAGCUCAAAGGCACGAUCUGACUAAACAUUCACGUUCAGCGUGUGUAGCAGUGUUCCAGCUUUGUACUUAAUCCAGGUCAAGUUCAGAGGCUUAGUGUUGAUGCAGGUAUCCUCUGUCCUUAAUCAAUAAACCACGUGUGUGCCUCACACAAGUGCCCUGGGACAGGUUGGGUCUGGAAGAGAUUCUACGCCCUCAAACUCAGACCAGGUUCCUGCUGGCCAAGGGUCAGGUGCUAAGCCUAGACAUGAGAAGACCUCCAGCAAGGAGUGUGAUAACCUCCUUCCUCGCUAACACCCCAUCCUCCCCGUCUGUGACUCCAGCAUUGACACACAAGGUUAAAGGUUUAUUUGUCACCUGUACACAGGAACAUACGGUGAAACGGGCUGUUUGUGUCAAUGACCAGUCCGGUCCAAGAGGGUGCUGGGGGCAUCCCACAAGGGUCCCCUUGUGUCCAGAGCCACAACUCACUCGUCCUAACCCGUCCCGUACAUCUUUGGAAUGUGGGGGAGAUCAGGAGUACCUGCAGGAAACCCACGUGGUCACGGAGAGGACGUACAAACUUCUUACAGACAGCGAUGGGAAUGGAAGCCUGGUCGCUGGGCGUUGUGAAGCGUUGCGCUAGCUGCUACGCCACCCUGCAGUCUGGAAGGUGACUACAGGCCUCUGCCAGGAGGAGAGGCCAGGCUGAUGGUCGUGGCCAUCCACUGCCCAAACCAACCCAGGCAGAGAUGAUUUAAGGCAGGACUCGUUGAUGCCCACGUUGCAGUAACACACUGGCAGCUUCUCAACUUCUACACAUUACCCCAAGAAGUAGAAAAGACUCAGCAGGUCAGGCAGCAUCUAAAGGGCAGAGAACACGUUUCACGUUUCAGUCCUGACCUUUUAUAAGAAGCUUUACACUCAAUAGCCACUUUAUUAGAUGCCUCCUAUACCUAACAAAGUGGCCAUUGUAGCCCAUCCACUUCAAAGUUCAACGUGUUGUGUGUUCAGAGAUGCUUUUCUACACACCACUGUUGUAACGUGUGAGUUACUGUCGCCUUCCCAUCAGCUUGAACCAGUCUGGCCAUUCUCCCCGACCUCUCUCAUUAAUGAGGCGUUUUUGCCCACAGAACAGCCACGCACUGGAUAUUUUUUUUGUUUCUUGCACCGUUCUCUGUAAACUCUAUAAACUGUUGUGCAUGAAAAUCCCAGGAAAUCAACAGUUUCUGAGAUACUGAAACCACCCCGUCUGGCACCAACAAUCAUUCCACGGUCAAAGUCACUUAGAUCACGUUUCUCCCCAUUCUGAUGUUUGGUCUGAACAACAACUGGACCUCUUGACCAUGUCUGCAUGCUUUUUAUGCAUUGAGUUGCUGCCACGUGAUUGGCUGAUCAGAUAUUUGCAUUAACGAGCAGGUGUACGUAAUAAGGUUGCCACGGAGUGGAGCUUGAGCAUCACAUUCUGGCCCCUGUCUUCGAUGUCAUUCACAAACCAGCCGGUUUUUAUAGCAAUCUGAUAGUUUUGUGGUCAGUGACACCAGCUUCUCUUUGUAAUUAACUGAAUUUAAUUGCCUACCUGUCCUGGUGAGGUUUGAUCUUGUGUCACUGGGGCCUCUGGCCAAGUAACGAGGCCAGCUUGAUAUAUUACGUUUGAUGGGAAGGUUUAGGUGGCAGUGAUGGUCAUUGUCUUUGUGACACAGAAACCUGCUUCAAUUCUGCAAGAUCAUUUAGUUUGAUACAAAAUAAGGACUCACUCUAACGCCCGGGUUAAUUGUGGGGAGUGUGGGCUCCAAUAUAGAUAUUGUUUCAUAAGGCAUAGGAGAGUAGAGGUAGGCUGUUUGGCCCAUUGAGUCUGCUCUGCCAUUGACUUACAGACGAUUUAUUACCCUCUCAACACCAUGAAAGGAUAAGGAAUGGAAUGUACUGACAUUUCGAAAGGAUAAUGGAAUGUACUCAAUUCCCAGAAUCAUUUUGUCCCCAAUUAAAAUUACACACAACAGGAAGCAACUUAAUGUAAAUAUAAAACCCACUGCAGAAAACUAGGCCUCAGCCUAGGUCUGGGUCAAGAGUCUGGUCUCCUGGUGGAUGGUGGGGUUGUUCCACCCAUGUCCCCAGUACUAACAUCAUCCAUUUGAAGACCUCAUGCCGAGUUUAUUUUUUGUUUGGAAACCAUGGUAACUUGACUCUCUGGUAGAUGUUUAGGGGUACAUGGAAUGAGAGAAAUAAUAUCAUAUGGGGGGAGGGGAGGUAUCUUGGAUAAACCCAACACAUAAAUAAAGAGGGAACAGAGGAAGUUCAUGAGAAUAAUCCCAGGAAUUAAAGUCUUAAUGAAAGAGGAGUGUCUGAGGGCUCUGGGCCUGUACUCGCUGGAGUUUAGAAGAAUGAGGAGUGAUCUCAUUGAAACCUCUUGAAUACUGUGGAUAGAGUGGCUGUGGAGAGGAUGUUUCUGAAAGCGGAAGAGUUUAGGGCCAGAGGGCAUAGCUUCAGAAUACAAGGACAUCCCUUUAGAAUGGAGAUAAGGAGGAAUUUCUUUCACCAGAGGGUGAGGAAUCCAUGGAAUUCAUGGUCACAGAUGGUUGAUAGGCCAAGUGAUUGGGUAUAUUUAAAGUGGAGAUUGAUAGGAGAAUGGGGUUGAGUGGAAUAAUAAAUCAGCCAUGAUGGAAUGGCAGAGCAGACUCGAUGGGACAAAUAGCCUAAUUCUGUUCCAAUGUCUUAUAGUCUUAUGAUGUCAUAAAGUCAUACAGCACCAAACCCGGCCCUUCGGCCCAAAUUAGCUCUACUUCAUUAGUUUUAUUAGUUCUGCUCCUAAGUCUUAUGGUCAACAAACGCUGCAGCAAAGGCAGAGGACCGGAAGGAGAUAGGAACACAGAGAAGGCAUUGGGAUGUGCCCAGCAACUACACAAUGGUACCACGGAGCUUUGCAAUGUAUAGAAAAUGCCUGUACUCAAAGAAAUAAUGCACAUAUUCUUUAUUUAAAAUAGGCAAAAGUUUAAGUGUAACUUAGCUCAGUUUUGUUGUUUGAGGUAUUACGUUGAGAUUUGUUCUAUUAUUAUUUCCUACUGUAUAUCCCAGCCUUUCAGUUCAAUAUUUUAUAAGGAGAAUGUUGUCGAAGACGAGUGAAACUGGUUUCAUCCAUUUAGUGAUUGUUUUUAACUGAAGGUAAGAUUAGCUUUGAUAUGAAUUUGAACUCUGACCAUGGACAGAAACAGGAGUAGGUCGAAAUCCAGGCAGAACGGGGACAUUAGAUAACAGCGCUUGCAAACUUUCCAGGUCUGAACUUCACGUCGACCUGAAAAUAUUCAAACCUGACCUGUUGGUGUAUUCCUGCAACCUCACCUGCCCAGUGCUGAGGGCUCACUUCUGCAAUUUAUGGUGACAUAUUUAAUGGCAAAAGCUUUCUGUUCCCCUGUGACCAUGUAAAGUUUUUUUUUUAACAUGCUGCAUUUGCUACUUUUGGAUUGUUCUGAGUUUUUUGUGUGGGGGGGUUUAAAUUUAAUAAAAAUUCU